AUGUUCUCCGUCGUCCUGCCGGGACGGCCAUGCCUGACCGAAGCUGUGCCUAUACAGCCAGACCCAAACACGCCGCCGACAAACUUCGCAUUCACCUUUCCCGCCGCCCCCAAGUUCUCUCAUAUCGUCGUCUUCCUCCUACCGGGUGUUACUCUGCCCCCAGAUGUCGCAGCAGCAGUAUACAUACAGUUCCCAAACCUGCCGGGAAACGGCCAGCCACAGCAACAGCAGCCCGAAUUCCGGUUCCUGGGCGCAAUAGCAAACGAGAAACCCUCAGCAAUAUUCAAGGUCAACCUGCCCGGCUCGCAGAAACCGAUGACAGAGGCAGAGCAAGAGAACGAGAUGAUGGAUGAAGGGGCUGCGGCCGUUGAUCCGAACGCUAUAAUCACACUAGGGAUAGCAAUUGAGUCUACGCAGGUUGUCCGGGAGAAACUAGCUACAUUACAGCAACCAUCGACGGGCAUGGAACUAGUAAAGAGGACUGGACAGCCGGGCAUGACGACAAAGGUGUUGGCACAGAGGAUUAUUGGGAAUGCUUUCAACUUCCUUGCGAGCUUUGCUGCUUCGGAUCCUCGGGCUCAGGGUGAAGAGGUUGUGCCCUUGAAGAGUUUUAGAGACUGGUGGGCCAAGUUUGAGAGGAGGAUAGAGGCUGAUCCGGGGUUCCUAGAAAGAGAGGGCAGUUGA